ACAACCUGAUUCAAACCCUUAGAGCAACAAGCACCCACACAAAAUGUCCGACGAAGAAGAAGAGUCCUUGUCCGAGGGCUUUUCGGCCAGUGAAGAGGACGAAUGGAAGCCCGGUAAAGAUGUGCGCGGUGGCGAAUCUUCGGAUGACGAUGACAGCGAAUUCGAGGAGCUGCCAGGAGGAGCUGCAGCCGUAGCAGCAGGCGCCAGUGGUCGCUCUCCGGCGUGUGCUACUAAAAAAAAGAGGGAACAAAAGCAGCCGAGUGGAAUUAAAGGCGCCUCCGUGAAGAAACACAAACCUAGCGGGCAAUCGCUGCGCUCCAAGCUGUUCAAUAAGUAUCGGCCGCCACCGAAAACGUUUCCCGCAUCGCCCACACAGAACUCACCAUCGGCGUCUGGCUCUGCCAGCCGUUUACCGGCCUCAAAAAACGCCAAAACGCCCAAUGAAAGCAACAACGCGGACUCCAGCAGCGAAUCGAGUGUUGAUGACUAUUUGGUCAAUCCAGCUGAAAUCGAUCUGCGCUCCAGUUUCUUUACGGCAACCAAGGAGAAAUCGCCAGCGCCACAAUUCGAUUGCAAUGCAGGCAUUACAAAUCUGUCCAAUUCUGGUUCCGGUUCCGAGGACAACAACGAAAGCAGCCUCGAGGACAAUGCCAGCAACAAUAAGGCAUUCGAUUUUCGUGGGUUGCUCGAGAAUGCUAACAGCCUGGAACGGACAAGGGAAGCUCUGCUCAGCAAGCGUACCGCUAUGGCCACGCCCCCGGGCAGCCAGGCGAGGCGCAACAGCAACGCUGCCGCAAUGGAUGUCAACGCACUGCUUGCAUUGGGCGAAAACCAAAACUACGCAAAUGAGCCAAUCGAACAACGAGCGAAGGUCAUAACGGAGCGUCGACGUUCUGGAGCACCUGCAGCAGCAGCAAAGGCAACUGCAGCAGAGCAGCAGCCGCCGCCAUUAGAUGCUCCGUCGCGAUUGAGCAAAACCAAAUCCACGCGCAUUAAGCGGCACACAAAAACGCGUCCAGCGUCCACUGUGGUCACAGCUGGCGAUACGGACGACUCCGACUUUGAGGAAGUUGCAGACGCUCAGCUAAGCAGCGAUCCAGAUGAUGCGACUCCAAACGUCUCCGGUGAUCUUGAGAUCCACGUGGGCCAGCAUGAGCUGGAGCUGGCGCUAAAGCGUCGCCUGAAUCGCGACAUCAAGGAUCGCCAGCUGCUGAUGCACAAGGUCAGCCUGAUGUGCUUAAUUGCACGCAGCAUCAAGUAUAAUCGUCUGCUGGCGGCAACUCAGAAGUAGCAGCGAAGCCCAGCAGUCCUAGGCUUAAGCAAAAGUUGAAAGAGGACUGCAGCAGCAGCAGCAGUAGCAUUUAAACCAAGGCUAAGCCGCAGCUUUCUCGGCUCAAAGGCGCCGUAAACAAACCAGAAAUGGAUGAGGUAAAAAAACCAAGGCUGCAGCUGCAAGCCCAAAAUCUCGCCCACAUUUCUGAAGCAGGCGGAACUCGUGCGAGAGCUUCGCACGGGCCAUCAAAAGACCAAAGCGCUGGCUGAGUAUCAUCUGUAUAGAU